CAGGCGCAUGCGCGCAAUGCUGCAGCGCAGACUACCUGGAAGUCUCCUCUCCGCCUGUGGAAAGUAGGGUUAUGGCUGCUGCAAGUUCGCUUUCAGACAAAUCUCUCCGAGAAGCCACCCAGCGAAAGUUGCGAAGGUUUUCUGAGUUGAGAGGUAAACACGUGGCAGCAGGAGAAUUCUGGGACAUUGUUGCAAUAACAGCAGCUGAUAUAAAACAGGAGCUUGCUUAUAACCAACAGCUAUCAGAAAAGCUGAAAAAAAAGGAGUUACCCCUUGGAGUUCAAUAUCAUGUUUUCGUUGAUCCUGCUGGAGCCAAAAUUGGAAAUGGAGGAUCAACCCUUUGUGCCCUUCGAUGUUUGGAGAAAUUAUAUGGAGAUAAAUGGAAUUCUUUCACCAUCCUGUUAAUUCACUCAGGUGGCUACAGUCAACGCCUUCCUAGUGCAAGUGCUCUGGGGAAAAUUUUCACUGCUUUACCUUUAGGUAAUCCCAUUUUUCAAAUGUUGGAAUUAAAACUAGCCAUGUACAUUGAUUUCCCCUCACAUAUGAAUCCUGGAAUUCUGGUUACCUGUGCAGAUGAUAUUGAACUUUAUAGUCUUGGGGAAUCUGAAUUUAUUAGGUUUGAUAAACCUGGCUUUACUGCUUUAGCUCAUCCUUCUAGUUUGACUGUAGGUACCACACAUGGAGUCUUUGUCUUAGAACCUUUUAACGAUUUAGAAUAUAAAGACCUUGAAUACAGGUCUUGCCAUCGUUUCCUUCAUAAGCCCAGUAUAGAAAAAAUGCAUCAGUUUCAUGCUGUAUGUAGACGUAGAAAAUUUUUUCAACAGCACCUUGCUGGGGGUGACUCUCCAUCUCUUAAACCAGACCUAGAAUAUGUGUAUACUGAUAGCCUAUUUUACAUGGAUUACAAAUCAGCAAGAAAGUUACUUGUUUUUUAUGAAGAGAUAGGCAUGCUAAACUGUGAAAUAGAUGCCUAUGGGGACUUUCUUCAGGCUCUAGGACCUGGCGCAACUGUGGAGUACACCACAAAUACAUCAAAUGUCACUAAAGAAGAGUCAGAAUUGGUAGAUAUGAGGCAGAGGAUAUUUCAUCUUCUCAAAGGAACAUCUCUAAAUGUUGUUGUUCUUAAUAGCUCCAAGUUUUAUCACAUUGGAACAACUGAAGAAUAUCUGUUUCAUUUUACUUCAGAUAGCAGUUUGAAGGCAGAACUUGGCUUACAGUCCAUUGCUUUUAGCAUCUUUCCAACAAUACCAGAAUGCUCUGGUAACACAUCCUGUAUCAUUCAAAGUAUACUGGAUUCAAAAUGUUCUGUGGCACCUGGCUCAGUUGUGGAGUAUUCCAGAUUGGGGCCUGAUGUUUCAGUUGGGGAAAACUGCAUUAUUAGUGGUUCAUCUAUCAUAACACCAGCUGUUCUGCCUGCAUAUUCUUUUAUGUGUUCCUUAAGCUUAAAGAUGAAUGGACACUUAAAGUAUUCAACUAUGACAUUUGGAGUGCAAGACAACUUGAAAAAAAAUGUUAAAACAUUGUCAGAUAUAAAGUUACUUCAAUUCUUUGGAGUAUGUUUCCUGUCAUGCUUAGAUUCUUGGAAUCUGAAAGUUACAGAAGAACUAUUCUCUGGAAACAAGACAUGUUUGAGUUUGUGGACUGCUCGCAUUUUCCCAGUUUGUUCUUCUUUGAGUGAUUCAGUUACAACAUCGCUAAAGAUGUUAAAUGCUGUAAAGAACAAAUCAACAUUCAGCCUGAAUAACUACAAGCUGUUGUCCAUUGAAGAGAUGCUUGUCUACAAAGAUGUAGAAGACAUGAUGACUUACAGGGAGCAAGUUUUUUUAGAAAUUUCUUUGAAUAAAGCAGUGUAAUUUAGAGACAUUGUAAAUAUUAUAUAUAUUGCCUUUCUUGUUUGAUCAAUGUUGUAAAUAUAGGAGUUUUCUGUAGGGUUUUUUUUGGGGGGGGUGGGAUUUUCAUGGAAGUGAAUUAGUAAAAAAUAUAUUAUCAUUGCUGUAAUUUAACAUUAGUAGCACUUUUGAUGAAUCAAUAUUUCAAGAUUAAGAACAAAAGAGAGUUUUAAAAAAUAUUUACCACUCUUAAUUUUACUACUUAAAUAUGGAUUGGUGAGCAUUGUUUUUCACAUACUAUGAUAAUAGUUGGGUUUUUUUUUUAAGGUAAUUUUAUAAACAUACUUUUAGAGUUUUUCCAUUGUGGGCUUUGGUUACUAUUAAGUUCAAAUUAUUUAUUGGCCAUUCUUGCAAACAGUCCUAUUCUGAUGAAUUAAUUAAAAGGCACACUAUAGGGUCUUCAGACACUGUAGGAAUACUUUAGGUACAAAAAAAUAAUACUUUCCAAAACAAAUUCAUAGCUGGCAGAUUCAGAUUAAAUUAGUGCUCAAAAUAUUUUGAUUAAGUAAUAAAUGAUACAAACAGCUCUGAAAUUGAUAAGUCUCAUUUAUUGAUUUUAUGAAAAUGAAACAAGGAUGUAUCUGUUGUUUUGUCCUUGUAAACUUUAACAUACGUUUGUGUACUUUCAGAUAUUCUUUUUGUAUGAAUAAGAUGUUAGGUAUAUUUUCUGAUAAUGAUUUAACUGCAUUUUGGAAAGUAAUUUCAUCUUAUCAUUAAUCUUUUUAACAAAACUUAAAUUACCAGAUGGACUGAUUUGGUUUUCCAUUUCUUAUUUUCUGUCCACGCACUAGUGUGAUACUAAGAAGUAAUAAUUGACUAUAAGGUAGGCAGCCAAACAGAUGCAGAAUAAUAGAAUGAAGAAACCCAGAUGAUAAAUAAUUACAAGAAAAUAAAGAUUGAUUGGAAUCCCAAGUUAUGUUUCUAUGAUGACAAAUAUAUACGUAAAAUGCCUUCAUAUCAAACUAAUAAAGAAAAGAUUUGAUAGAAUUUUGUUUUAACAUUAAAAAAUUGAAGAACUGGUCUAUUCUACCUUAUAUAUUAACAUGUUAACAAUUAUCAAAUUAUUAACAUUAACAUGUUAAUUAUUAAACUAUUAGCAUUAACAUGUUAAUAAUUAUUAAAUUAUUCAACCAGAAGUGACUUCUCUGUAACCCUAGAUUACAAGAUAUUUGUAUUGUUUUUUCUUUUUUGAGAUUCUUCCCAAAGAGAAAAUAAAGAUAUAUGGUAACUGUUUAAUAUUUGCUGAUUUACUUGCAGAGCUUUCAGAGGAUAUUGUAUGUUUGUCAUACAUUAAAUGUUCACUGUAUUUCACCUAAUCUUAA